CGCUCUGGCCCCCGGAAACGGCGUCUCGCCUGCUCCGCACGUGUGUGUCGGGGGCCGCCGCCGCUGCCCGCCCAUGGAGCCCGCGGGGCUGGAGCGGGUCCUGGGAGACCUCCUGCAGCCCGACACCGGCCUCAUCCAGCGGGCCACAGUCCAGCUGCGUGAGGCCUUCCGGCACCCGGGUGCCUUGGCCCUGCUCUGCCACGUGCUGCGCAACUCCCCCAGCCCCCAGAUCCGGCAGUUCGCAGCCGUCCUAGCGCGCCGGCGUCUCACCCGGGUCUGGAAGAAGCUGCCACCCCCCGAGCAGGAGAGGCUGAAGACGCUGGUGCUGGAAGCCCUGGAGCAGGAGACUGAGCAUGCGGUGCUGGUGGCGCUGGCGCAGCUGGCUGCCCUGCUGUUGCACCGGGGAGGUGUGGCUGGCUGGCCCCAGGCGCUGAGCUUUAUCCAGCAGGGGGCGCUAGGCCCCGAGCCCCAGCGCGCAGAGGUGUCGCUGCUGGUGCUGAGCUCAGCGCUGGAGGCAGCGCCCGAGGCCCUGGCCCCACACUGCCUGGCACUGCUGCGCCUCUGCCACCGUGUGCUGGCACAGCCCAGCUCUCCUGGCGCCCUGCACUACUGCCUGCGUGCGCUGGCUGCCAUGGCGCCCAGCCUUGGCUCUGACCAUCUGAACCUCACCCGAUCCCUAAUCCCCAAGAUCAUCUCAGCCGUCAAGCAGCUCAUCCCCGUUAAUGAGGCCCAGGCCAGUGAGGCGAUGGAGGUCUUCGACGAGCUGAUGGAGACUGAGGUUGCGAUCAUCGUUCCGCACCUCUCGGAGGUUGUUGGCUUCUGCCUGGAGGUGGCAUCAGAUCAAGCGCUGGGGGAUGCUGUGCGGGUCAAGGCCCUGGGCACUAUCAGCUUUCUCAUUAAGCUGAAGGGCAAGGCGCUGGUGCGACAGCGACUGGUGCCGGUGGUGCUGGGGGCACUGUUCCCAGUGCUGAGCGCAGCACCGCCUCCUGGGCGCGUGGACCCUGAGGAUGAGGACGAGGAUGCUGAGGACCCUGAUGGGGGGCUGGGCCUGCAGACGCCCAAGCAUGCUGCGGCUCAGGUGAUUGACAUGCUGGCCUUGCACCUGCCCCCCGAGAAGCUCUUCACGCACCUGAUGCCACUAGUGCAGGGGGCGCUGGGCAGCGCGGACCCGUACCAGCGCAAGGCCGCACUCAUGUGCCUCGCCGUGCUGGCUGAGGGCUGUGGUGACCACAUCCGCUCCCGGCACCUUCAGGAGCUGUUGGGUGUGCUGUGCCGGGCACUGGGUGACGCCAGCCCCGCAGUGCGGGGGGCCGCGCUCUUCGCUCUGGGCCAGUUCUCUGAGAACCUCCAGCCGGACAUCGCAGCCUUUGCGGGCGACGUGCUGCCACUGCUGCAGACCCACCUGGGUACGGUGGAGCCAGGGCGCGGCCCCCACCUGGCCAAAGCCUACUACGCCCUGGAAAACUUCCUCGAGAGCCUCGGUACUGGCAUCGAGCCAUUCCUGCCAGGCCUGAUGGAGCACGUGCUGGGCACCCUGCGUGGCAACGCCCCCCCCCGCACCAAGGAGCUUGUCAUCAGCACCCUGGGGGCCAUCGCCUCAGCCGCGCAGGGUGCCCUCCUGCCCUACUUCCCUGCCCUGCUGGACCAGCUGCGCCCCCUGCUGCUGCCUGCCCGCCCCGACCUGCGCCCCAUCCAGGUUCAGGCUGUUGAGACACUGGGGGCGCUGGUGCGGGCGCUGGGCCCGGCCGCCUUCGGGCCCCUGGCUGAGGAGACCUGCCAGCUGGCGCUGGGGCUGGCCCAGGCCCCCGAUGACCCCGACUUGCGGCGCUGCGCGUACAGCCUGCUGGGGGCACUGUCAGCUACACUGGGCGAGGGCUUGGCCCCCCACCUGCCCCAGGUUACCGCCCUGCUGCUGCGUGCCCUGCGCUCCACUGAGGGCCUUGUGGUGCCAGCCGGGGACCAGGGCUCCUUCCUGCUUUUCGAGGAGGAGGAGGAAGAGGAGGAGGAGGCUGAGGUGGAGGGUGAUGAAGGCCCCGAAGAUGAGGACGAGGAGGAGGACGAGGAGCUUGUGGGGCUGAACGUGAGCAGCGCCUAUGUGGACGAGAAGGAGGAUGCCUGCGCUGCCCUGGGCGACAUCGCAGCCAAUGCCAGUGCCUCCUUCCUGCCCUACCUGGAUGCCUGCUUCCCUGAGGUCCUCGGGCUUCUGGAGUUCCCGCACGUGAACGUGCGCAAGGCGGCCUGUGAGACCUUGGCCCAGGUGUGUGUCGCUCUGCAUCAGCUCUGCAAGGGACAGGCCCCCACCCCGCCCCGCACUGCGCGAGACCAGGUGCUGGCUGAGGCAGUGCCGGCGCUGGCCCGUGCCGCCCGGCAAGAGCGGGAGCGCAGCGGGGCCAUGGCAGCACUGGAGGCGCUGGGUACGGUGCUGCGCAGCUGCCAGCAGGAGGCGCUGCAGGACCCUGGGCGUCUGGCCGACAUCUGCCUGCUCAUCCGUCAUGUCCUCGAACGCAAGACAGCCUGCCAGGAGGCAGAUGAAGAUGAUGAUGACGACGAGGAGCAGGCCGAGUACGAUGCAAUGCUGGAGGAGUACGCGGGUGAGGUGAUCCCAGCCCUUGCCGUAGCUGCCGGGGGUGAUGCCUUUGCCCCCUACUUCGCUGGCUUCCUGCCCCUGCUGCUCAGCAAGCUGAAGCCGAGCAGUGGGGUGGCAGAGCGGUCACUAGGCACAGGGGUGCUGGCAGAGGCAUUAGGGGGCUUGGGGGGAGCAGCAGCACCCUUCCUGCCCCGCCUGGUGCCUGCCCUGCUGGCUGCUGCCCACGACGCCCACCCCGAGGUGCGCAGCAACGCUGCUUUCGCCCUGGGCAAGAUGGCCGAGGCCGCACCCAGCGCUGCCCUCCCACUCUACGGGGCAGUGCUAGCAGCAUUGGGUGCGCUGUGGGUGCGUGAAUCAGGCGGCCGUGUACGUGACAACGUCUGCGGGGCCCUGGCACGCCUGGUGCUUGCCCAGCCCCAGGCUGUGCCCCUGGCCCAGGUGGUGCCAGUGCUGCUGGGGGGCCUGCCACUGUCCGAGGACCUAGAGGAGACGCCAACUGUGGUGCGCUGCCUCUGCGCCCUGCACCAGCAUCAGCCGCACCAGCUGGAGCCACACGUGGCUGAGGUGGUGCGGGCAAGUGGUGCUGUCCUGGGCUCCCAGCACCUACCACCAGAGGAGGGGCAGGGCCUGUGUGCGCUGCUGCAGGACUUGGCCACCCGUCAUCGCCCCGAGCUAGAGGCCGCGCUGCAGGCCCAGCCCCCUGAGGCCAUCGCCCGCCUGCGCCAGGCCCUCGCACCUGCCUGAGCUGCUGCCACUGCCCCACAGGUCGCAGGACCAGUGUGGCUGCAACAGCCUCCUCCGCCUGUUGUCAUUGCUGCAGGCCCAAGGAGCCAGGGCAUGGGGCUCUGAUCUGCCUGUAACACCUGGUUUACUUGUUCCUCUUCCCCCUCCCCCUGCCCUUGGCAUUGGUCAUGGAGGACUUUGCUUACAGUCAGCACAGUCUGUCUAUGCCAAGGGGAGCCUGGUCCUGGGGUCCCAGACAUUGGGUGGGAGGGCGGGGGGCAGGGCUCGUUGCCUGUAGCUCCCUCCUUCCCUUUAGACGGUUGCUACCCCACUAAUCAACUGUAAAAAGGGGGCCUGCCUGUCUUGCCAAAGCCCUCCCCCUGGGGUAGUUCCCCACCAAGCAAUACCCCCCCUUCCCCAGUUGAUUGUUGGUUUGGAUGUUGCACUUGGCAAUAAAUUUGUUUGGCUGA